AUGGCCGGAGCUUUGAUCGGAGAGGCCUUUAUCUCUACUUCCAUCAAGGUGUUGUGUGACAAAAUUGCUUCACGCGAGUUCAUUGAUUUAUUUCGGCAGAAGAAACUCGAUCAACCUCUCCUAAUGAAACUGAAGAGGACGCUGUUAACCUUGAACGUAGUGUUGGAUGAUGCAGAGGAGAAGCAAAUUGAGAAACCAGCUGUGAGAGAGUGGCUUGAUGAGCUCAAACAUGCAGUCUUUGACGCAGAGGACUUACUGAACGAGAUCAACUAUGAAGCUUUGCGAUGCAAGCUGGAAGGUGAAGGUCAAACCGAUAAUUUAACCAAUAAGGUGUGGAACUUCCUCCCUACUUCUCGUAAUAAAUUUUAUCAAAGCAUGAAUGCUAAGGUACAAGAGUUAUUACGAAAACUAGAAGACUUUGUACAACUGAAAAGUGCUCUUGGUUUGACAGAAGUUGUUGUGAGGAAGGUUUCACAAAGAACUCCGACAACUUCCUUGGUUCAUGAACCUUGUGUAUAUGGUAGAGAUGAAGUCAAAGAAAAUUUAUUAAAAGUCCUGUUAUCUGAUGAUGCAAGCAAGGAUGAUGUGUCUGUCAUCACCAUUGUUGGAAUGGGCGGGGUUGGCAAGACAACCCUUGCUCGACUGCUUUACAAUGAUGAUAAAGUGAAAGAAAAUUUUACACUUAAAGCUUGGGUUUGUGUUUCAGAAGACUAUGAUGCUAUCAGGGUAACUAAAACUCUUUUUGACUCAGUUACUUCAAAACCUUGUAAUACGACAGAUCUGAAUUUGCUUCAAGUUAAACUAAGAGAACAACUGAGGGGGAAGAAAUUUUUAUUUGUGUUGGAUGACCUUUGGAAUGAGAAAUAUACUGAUUGGAACUGCCUCCAAACUCCUUUUACUUCAGGGGCAAGGGGAAGUAAAGUCCUUGUAACAACACAGAACAAAAAUGUAGCAUCUUUUAUGCAAAACGUUCCUAUUCAAACCUUGGAACCAUUGUCGCAUGAAGAUUGCUGGUUAUUACUUGAGAAACAUGCGUUUGGAAAUGUAAACUGUAGUGCACAUCCAAGCUUGGAAGAAAUCGGCAAGAAAAUUGCACGCAAGUGCAAUGGGUUGCCUUUAGCUGCACAAACACUUGGCGGUGCGUUACGUUCCAAGCUAGACUUUGAGGUAUGGAACAAAGUACUAAACAGUAGCAUUUGGGAGUUACCUUACCAGAAAAGUGACAUUCUUCCUGCUCUAGGAUUGAGUUAUUAUUAUCUUCCAGCUAAAUUAAAACGAUGCUUUGUUUAUUGUUCAAUUUUGCCGAAGGACUAUGAAUUCAAGGUAGAAGAUGUUGUUUUUCUUUGGAUGGGAGAAGGUUUAAUUCCCCAAGCUGAGAAUGGGGAAAUAAUGGAAGAGAUGGCUAAGGAAUAUUUUGAUGAACUGUUAUCCCGAUCAUUGUUUCAAAUGUCAGGGAAGUCAAGUUUCACUAUGCAUGAUCUCAUACAUGACUUGGCCGUGUUCAUGUCUAAAGGAUUUUGUUCCAAGUGGGAAGGGAGGGAAUCACAUGAAGUGGAAAAAGUUCGCCAUUUGUCAUAUGCAAGGGGAAAAUUUGAUGAUGCUCUUAAAUUUGGGCCAUUAAAGGGGGCUAAGUGUUUGCGGACCUUCCUACCUCACUCUUUAAAUCCAUAUUACUCUUGCGAAGAGUAUUAUCUAAGUAAAAAGGUUCUACAAGAUUUGUUGCCAUCACUCAGAUGUUUACGGGUGUUAUCAUUGUCACAUUAUUGGAAUGUCACUCAGUUACAUGAUUCUAUUAAAAAUCUCAUUCAGUUGCGUUAUUUGGAUCUCUCUGGUACUGCAAUUGAAAGGUUACCUGGUGUACUUUGCAGUUUGUACAAUUUGCAGACAUUACUACUGUCAAAUUGUUCCUCUCUCGUUGAAUUACCUGCAGACUUGAGAAAAUUGGUAAAUUUACAGAAAUUAAUGCUGGGAGGUUGUGCGUCUCUUGCUAAAUUGCCUGUAGACAUGUGGGAAUUAAUUAGUUUGCGUCAUCUUGAUAUUAGUGGAACUACAAUUGCAGAGAUGCCAGCGCAAAUGAGUAGACUAAAGAGUUUGAGAACGUUGACCGCUUUUUUCGUGGGGAAAUCUUCUGGGUCAACCAUUGGAGAAUUGGGGGAGCUUACGCAUCUUCGAGGAAAACUUUCAAUUCUAAAGCUGCAAAAUGUAGUUGAUGCUAAGGAUGCCGUGCAAGCCAAUUUGAAGAAUAAGAAGGAUCUCAAGGAGUUAGAGUUGGCAUGGGGUGAUGAAGACUCGAAUGAUUCUGAAAAAGUUAGACAUGUACUUGACAAGCUCCAGCCUUCAAUUAGUUUGGAGAAACUGACCAUCAAAUUUUAUGGUGGAACCAACUUCCCGAAUUGGUUAGGAGACUCAUCCUUCUCCAACAUACAAAUCAUGCAUCUCAGCGAUUGUCCUUAUUGUUGGUCACUGCCACCAGUUGGAGGGUUACCUGCUCUCAAAGAGCUCCGCGUAGAAAGGAUGAAAUUUGUCAAGACAAUUGGUGUUGAGUUUUAUGGCAGAAAUGAAGCGUCUCUAAUUCAGCCAUUUCAGUCACUGGAGAAGCUGGAGUUUGAGGAGAUGGCAGAGUGGGAGGAAUGGGUACCAAGUGCAAGUGGAGGUGAACAUGGUCCAGACUUUCCUCGUCUCCAAGUGUUGAUUCUAAAUGAGUGUCCGAAGCUGAGAGGAAGUUUGCCUUGUGAUCUGCCUUGCUUGAAGAAACUUAGCGUGUAUGGGUGUGCGGAGUUACAUGAUCAAAGGGCAACUUCUACUACUGGUACCAGUCUUAACAUGAACUCCUACAAAUCUCUUCAAGAAUUGAAAAUUAAAUUAGAUUAUGGAUGCCAAACAGAUGUGUCAUUACAAGAGGCAAAGUUAUUGUCCGUGCUUGACGUUGGAAAUUUUGAUGACAUACCGUGCUUGCCCAACACCAAUCGUCUUCAACGUUUGUGUGUUUGGAAUUGUCCAACCCUAUCGUCGUUCCCCAAAGAUGGCCUACCCACUUCGUUGACAUCAGUUUCUCUAUGGAAUUGUAGGAGAUUAGAAUUCCUACCUCAUGAGAUGUUGGCCAAAUUGACAUCGCUUGACUUUUUGUGGAUAGAGAAUAGCUAUGAUUCAAUGAGUCAUCUCAAUACCUUGUCUAUCUCAGGCUGUCCAAAUCUGGUGUGUUUUCCCCAGCGAGGAUUGCCCACUCCCAACCUGAUUUUAUUGGAAGUUGGUGAAUGCGAGAAGUUGAAGUUAUUACCUGAACGUAUUCACACCCUCACAGCCCUUCGAGAUUUGAGGAUAACCAAUCUUCCAAAUCUGGAGUCAGUUGCAGAAGAUGGGGGUUUGCCUCCCAACCUCCAAUAUUUUGGCAUUGAGAAUUGUGAGAGACUGAGGCCUUCAUCAGUGGGAGUGUACUGGGGUUUGCAAGGACUUGUCUCCCUUGAAAAUUUACAAUCGGUGGCAAGGGAAGUCACGAAAUCUUGGAGACCUUGCUCAAGCAACAGCUGCUCCCUACCACUCUUCAACGCCUCCAGAUCAGUGAACUUUCAAGACAACAUACCUUCUCCUGGAGGAGAGCAUCGUUCUCUUGGAGAGCUUUUCAUUUGCAAGGUUCCUUUAUGUGUCGUCAUGUCCAGACGAGAGGAGAAACAAAAGGUCCUCAUGGCUGGAAUAUCUCAAUUGACACAUUCCUACAGACAGACAUCGAAUGUACAACAUUGUUAG